AACUGCAGAACUUCCCAUCUAAAAAGGAACUUUUUCCCCCCCCUCACACUAAGGAUUAAAGGAAGGGCUGUAAUGGUCCUGCUCUUCUUUUUAUCAUCCUGUGUACAAGAUUUUGCUGGUUGGCUGUACCACCGUCCUUCUGAGGACAGAACUGUGUCAGGGGGACUGCCCCUCUGCAGACUGCCUCACGCUGCCUGGCAGCACCUUUUGGUGGGAGAAGGGUCAGUUACUUUUCCUUUGGCUUAUCUAGCUCUUGGCCUCCAAACUGGAAAUACCUUGGCUCCUGGCAGCAGAGGCUUACUUGCUUUUUCCACAUGAGUCAUGAGACUGGAGGUGUUUGAUCUGCUUCAGGAUGGAGAGUCUCGGUUUGUCCAUGUGGUGGGGCACCUCCCUGGGCAGGCUGCUGGAGGGCUCUGGGAACAGCUGAAUAAAGAGGGGUGACAGCAUCUGAAGGGACACAGAUGUCCCAGUACCAGAUGUCCUGGCACCUGUAAUCACAGCCAGCCUGAUUUCUGUUCCUCUGAACACAACAGCAGUGUGCACUUCUCACACAUAUCCUUCUAAAUGGUAUAGGCCAAUAAUGCUGCAGACCUUUAACCAGCUGUGAAAGAACUGUAAACCAAGCAUAGAUAAUAUAUAGUUUGAUAGCCAUUUAUGAUGCCUCAGCAGGUGAACCUGUUUACCAUGAAUACUUCUUUGUGGGAAGGAGAUGGUUCUAUAUCCCUAGUGAGGUCUUCCCCUGCAGUGCCAUCUCAUCAAAUACUGUACUUUUUUCAUAAUAUGAGCACAGAUAUUUUCUUUUGUCCCAGAAUUUCCAUGCUCAAAUAAUUUCAAAUUCAUGUAAUUGGGAUUUCUACAGAAAUUUUUGAGACAGCUGGAGUUAACCUAGAGAAUAUAGAAUGAAAAAUGGAACUGCUGAGCUCAACUACGGGUUGCAGUGUCAUUUCCUGGCCUACUGCUGUAAAAUAAUGGAUGAACUGCCUGAUUCCAGACUACUUCUUAUCUGUACUGGGUCCAGUGGGCCAAAUAUACCAUCUCAAAGGGAGCUAAACCCUGUAGCUGCAGGCAGCUUACUGAGUGUGAACUGCAGCAGGAUUCAAUGCAUUAUGUAUGGAUCAGCCCUCUGGAAUUGCACAUGCAUGUAAGUUAUGCCUGUAGGAAAACUGUAAUUUAAAACCUCCUUCUUCCCCACCUCUUGGAGCUGACUUGUGUUAAAUAUUAACAAACAUGGUUCAUCAAUUCCCUGGUUCACUUGGCUUCUUUUAACAACAGAUGUUAUUACAACAACUCUGCCUGCCUCCCUGUUCCUGUCAGCACAUCUGAUGGUGAAACCCAAGAGUCUGCGGCUGUAACUCUGCCUGCAGAGCCUGGCUGCUGCUCCAGCCCUGGGCCACCCCUAACUCUCUCCCUAGGAACACCAAUGCCUCCCACCUUUGGUGCCUGUAACUAGCUUGUGCUGGGAGACAGUGGUUGCAGAGAAGCUUUGGUUAAAGGAGACCGAGAAAAGGUGUGAGGGAGCCCAGAGGAAGGCGAGUUCCUGCUGUCUGAGGAGGAGGCAGUGAGGAUGGCCAGCAACUCCAGUGCACUGCCCCGGGUGACUUUCCAGACGCCAGAGAAACCUGGGGAGGAAUCAUCACACAGGAAACUGGGCAAGUUGACCAUAAAGUACAACCGCAAGGACCUACAGCGCUGGCUAGACCUGGAGGAAUGGAUCAAUGCCCAGCUGCAGGAGCUGUACCAAUGCCGGCUAAGGGAGGAAACAGAAGCAGCAGCUCCUGAACCACAAAUUGAUCUUGAAGAUCUCCUGGAGGUCCCUAAUGAAGAACAGAAAUUAAAACUACAGGAAAUCCUCCAUGAGUGCUCCAGCCCCACAGAGGACUUCAUUACGGAAUUGCUUAGUCGAUUGAGAGGUCUCCGGAGAGUCACCAAUCCUCAGAAGAAAUGACCUUGCUCACAUGGAGAGCCCAGCUUUGGUUAUAAGGAAACGUGUAUCUUCCUCACAAAAACCAGGAUCAGCAACAGAACUUCUGAAUACGUUUAGGACUUAUUAUUACUGAGAAACAUCACCAAGUUUGUGAACUUUGUACCAGUAGUUUGAAGUCUCCACUCCUUCCAGAUCUACACACACCGCAGGGAGCUAGAUUGUACAUUUUCCUUAUUUUUAAAGAGUGUGAUAACCUGAGGAACAGGACAAGAUGUCCCUCUCCUUUAGAUUCUUCUAGGAAUUUCCAUGCUGGCCAAGGAGCACUGAAUACAAUUCUCAGGAGCUCAUCAAGACUUCUUUUUUUGUCCACUGCAAGGAAAACAAGGCAUUGGUUAUCACUCAUUCAUCAACAUGGAAAAUCAGCCACUGUUAAGCUGCACCUCAUUUCAGUCUGGCUUGGACCCAACUGUGAUCUCCUGCCUGUUACUGCUGUACCUGACUCUACAGCAUUGCACGUACUUUGUAUGUCUUAUUACAAAGUAUGUGCCUCUGUUACUUAUGAAGGUUGGACAGAAAAGAUAUGACAGUUUGAGUGCACCUGGCCUACUUAAGGGGAAGUUUGUGAAACAGCUGCUAAGGCUAAUGGCUGAUUUUUUUUUUCCUUUUUGUGGAAUUUAAGACUUAUGACUUAGAAGCCUUUUCUAAAGGAACAAGGUCUGGAAAUUAUUUUUCUCCUAGUUUAAAAAGAUGUUGGAAAAAUACUCAAUUUUAUAUUAAAACAGAGAAAACCAGCCAUGCACUGCUUGAUUUUGCUCUCUCUUUAGAUUCUAAAGUAAAACUGAAGUAAGAAAAUACCUGCUCCCAACUUCCCUUCAGGGAGCAUCUUGGAGCAAGUCUUUUGCAGACAGGUAGGUCUCACAAACGAGCAGUGAAGUAGGACACUUGAGUGUCCACAAGAGUAGACACCUUGCUCCCACAAGCUCUUCUGGCUACAACUAAUGUUUGCCUGGAAAAAUACAGAGGAAACUACAUCCAGCCUCUCAUCAAGUCAGUAACUUGACACAUGUGACCAGGAAAUAAGACAGCAGGUGGAGGCUGAUUGCUUAGGCAGCACACUCUCACAUUAUGCACUGUCCCUACAGUGAUGCCUGCCAUGCAAACACAAGAGACGAGUCUGAAUCACAUCCAGAGGGGCUCCUAUGGAGCAGAACGCUCAAGGCCAGCUUUUGAGUCUAUCUUUUGUUUGUUUGGUGAGCCGGGGCAGAAGGGACCAAUUACAGAACCAGAGGGACAUGCAGGUUAGCUAACAAGACAAACAAGGAGUCUUGGGCUGGACCAGUAAUAUCUUAAAUGCAUUAGUCUUUCCAUCUUUAUCAGCAGCAGUGAUGACUAUGAUCUUGUUCUUCCCUCCUAUUUUCCAGGUGUCAGUGAACAAACUGUGGGUUGUCCUCUAAGAGGACAAAAUCCAAGCUGGAGUAACAACUGUGAUGUAAGGGCCUGCUUCCUUUCACAUGCUGUUCUUGUAUGUGACUGGAAGUUGGCAAGCCAUGGACCUCAUAUCUUGUUCAAAGGCUGCUCCAAGAUGUUCUAAGCCUCACCCACUAUGCUGGAGUCUGGAAUGGUCUCUCUUUAUCAGGGCCAAUAUCUAUCUACGGGAGUCCUGGGAAUGUGUCAUUUUUGGCUUAAAUAGGGGCUAGUGGGACAUGCCUACCCUCAUGAAAUCCGAACUUUUAAGUAAAAUAACAACAAAAAUCCAGAGCUGCAAUGGUUGCAGAUAUUGCUUAUAGAUGACACCUGCUAAGACAUGUAACACACCCCUUGAGAAAAGAGAGCAGCAUAUUAACAGAAACCUCUGAAUACUGUUAAAAACAGACUAGGAUCAAACAGAAGUUCAGGUGGAAGAUCUAGGUGGACAGGCCAUUAGCUGACUGCCCUAAACUAGAGAUGUAAUUAGCUACAGCACACUGUAGUAUAGGAGUUCAGACUACUUACAUACCCCACCAACAGGCUUUGUUUUAUUCUGCUGAGCUGCAACAGCGCAAAGACACAACAUGCUUCUCCUCUGGUCCAAGAGAAAUAUUUUGUCCCCCCAGGCAUUGUUCUGUAUUUUCUCAAUAUGGAGUGAUGCAAAAAGAAUUUUUGUCUGUACUUUAGGGUAGACAUUGUUAGAACCAAAGACAAAGCAGGAUCCAAAAACUCUGCUUGACUGAAGUUGUCUUUAUGCUUAUUUGGCCUUCAGCUGAGCACAGUGAGAUCAGGUGAGCAAGGCAAUGUGUGGUCAGUGGUAGAUGAUUUCUCAACUCACUGGUGCAAAA